GUUGACCAUAUAUGGUCAAAGCCACAGGGAGACGUCGCUGCCGCGAGCUCACCGCCGGCUUCCGGGUUUGAAGACUGAAGCGGCAGCAGAGCCGAGUAUUUGAGAGCAGGGAGCGCGGGCAGCGAGAUACACACAUUCGGCACAGUCCCCGGGCGCACGCAUCAAGAUGCCCUACGAAAUCAAGAAAGUAUUUGCGAGUCUUCCUCAGGUGGAGCGAGGUGUCGCCAAAGUCCUCGGAGGAGACCCCAAGGGGAAUAACUUCCUGUACACCAACGGAAAGUCUGUGAUCAUCCGGAAUAUCGAGAAUCCAUCCAUUGCUGAUGUCUACACAGAACAUGCUCACCAGGUGGUGGUGGCGAAGUACGCCCCGAGUGGGUUCUACAUUGCAUCUGGAGAUGUUUCUGGGAAGCUGAGGAUCUGGGACACCACGCAGAAGGAGCACUUGCUGAAGUACGAGUACCAGCCGUUUGCAGGGAGGAUCAAAGAUAUCGCCUGGACCGAGGACAGCAAGAGAAUCGCCGCGGUGGGCGAAGGAAGGGAAACGUUUGGUUCGGUUUUCCUCUGGGACACCGGCUCUUCCGUUGGGGAAAUUGCCGGUCACAACAAAGUCAUCAACUCUGUGGACAUCAAACAAACGAGGCCCUAUCGUCUGGUCACCGGAAGUGAUGAUAACUGCGCUGCUUUCUUCGAGGGACCCCCCUUCAAAUUCAAGUUUACUUUAAGCGACCACGGCCGAUUUGUUAACUGCGUCCGUUUUUCUCCUGACGGCAACCGGUUUGCCACCUGCAGUGCUGAUGGUUAUAUUUUCCUGUAUGACGGCAAGACUGGAGAAAAGAUUGGAAGCCUUGGUGGUGAUAAAGCACAUGAUGGCGGCAUUUAUGCUAUUAGCUGGAGUGCUGACAGCACCCAACUCCUUUCUGCGUCUGGGGACAAAACUGCAAAGAUCUGGGAUGUGGCGGCCAACUCGGCAGUGACCACGUUUCACCUUGGAUCGGAUGUGCUCGAUCAGCAGUUGGGCUGCUUGUGGCAGAAGGAUUAUUUGCUGAGUGUUUCUCUGUCCGGUUACAUCAAUUAUCUGGACAAGAAUAACCCAAAUAGACCUUUGCGUGUGAUCAAGGGACACAGCAAGUCAAUUCAGUGUAUGACAGUCCACCAGAACGAUGGACGAUCACGGAUAUAUACUGGCAGCCACGAUGGGCACAUCAAUUAUUGGGAUGCGGAGACAGGAGAAAAUGAUACUUUCACCGGAAAAGGUCACUCCAAUCAGGUGUCCAGCAUGGGCGUAGAUGACUUCAACCAGCUGGUCACCUGUAGUAUGGAUGACACCGUGCGCUACACAGAUGUGGCCAGCAAUGCAUAUAAUCCUCAGGAUGCUAUAAAGUUGGACAUCCAGCCCAAAAGCGUUGCUGCUGGUGCUGCAGGAUAUGCUGUAGCCGUCUGCAUUGGACAGAUCAUUCUGCUAAAAGACAAGAAAAAAGUCUUCACACUCGACUCCCUGGCUUAUGAGCCGGAAGUGGUGGCCAUUCACAAAGCUACAGGAACGGUUGCUGUCGGAGGAGCAGACGGCAAGGUCUACCUGUACUCCAUCCAAGGGCUCACCUUGAAGGAUGAAGGAAAGGCUCUGCCAGCCAAAGGUGCCGUAACAAGCCUUGCUUAUUCCCACGACGGGGCCUACCUUGCCGUUUGUGAUGACAAAAAAGUGGUCACUGUGUUCAGUGUUGCUGAUGGAUACGCGGAACAAAACAGUUUCUACGGACAUCAUGCCAAAGUGGUCUGCGUUGCCUGGUCACCCGACAAUGAGCAUUUUGCCAGCGGCGGCAUGGAUAUGAUGGUUUUUGUCUGGACCUUGAGUGAUCCAGAUGCAAGGCUGAAAAUGCCAGAUACCCAUAGACUGCACCAUGUGAGCGGUUUGGCCUGGCUGGACGAGCAUACAUUGACUACCGUAUCCCAUGAUGCUUGUGUCAAACAGUGGACAAUUACCUUCAAAUGAGAGAACUUAAAAGAACAAGAUGAUCAGGGACUAGAACUACUGUAUUUGAAAGAAUAAAAGAAAUCUCUAAAUAUGUUAUAUGCUUUGGCUCUUGUGCCACUUACUCAUUCUUUAAAAGGUGGUGUCUAUAUCUUUACAAAUGUCCUUUUCCGAAGCUUUAGUCGGUGACCGCUUGCACAUGAUACCUUACGUGUAAUCUGUGAUGAUUGACAUUCCAGUGGCAGCAGGUGACCUUCACAGGUUCAAACCACAUGACACUUUUUAAUAUCCACCAAUCCAUGUGCUACAUAUCAGCAUGGCAUCAGAUGGCGUCUCAUUUUCAGAACAUUUCUGUAUCUACAAACACAGUGAUGGCAGUUGUGGUCGUUUUAAAUCCUUGUGUGCCGGUACUGUCUUGUUGCUCUGCUUGUCCAUACUGCAUUAAAAAAAUGCUGCCUGAAAUUUCCUCCAUCUGAACGUGGGGUACCUGAUAAUAAACAUUUUUAUGUAUUUCAA